AUGGGUAACUGGUUCACUAAUUCCACCAAAAUUGAUGUCAAACUGAUAGACCCACCACCUGCGCUGAAAUACUCGCCGGCCAACCCUAUUGUACAGGGAUACGUUAAUAUUGAGUUCUUAGAGACCGUCAAGAAAGUCUGCGAUAUCAAAUGCGGCAUAGUUGGAACUGUGAGAAUUUCGUACUAUGCCAAUGAUAUAGCUUGUGGUGCUUUGCAAGCAACCGCAGUCGACAGGAAAUUAAUAGUUCAAACUUUUGAUUUUUUUAGGGUUUACCAAGAUAUACCACUACAAUGUGGAGACAUCCAAGUUACAGAUGGUCAGAUCGCCACUAACGACUUCAACAAGGGUGACAAAGUGAAAUCCAAAUUCUGCUUUGACUUUCCCAAUACCUUGUGGCUACCAAGCUCCUGUAGACAGUAUGGUGAUAUUGAUGGUGAUAUAACCAUUGCUUAUGCUAUUUAUGUUGAUAUUUAUAAGCUAGGGAAGAUUACAGGCAAGCCCAAAGUGCAAGAUAGAUUUAGAAGUAUAAUUACUUACCAAGGAGGCAAGGAUCCUUGUGUUCCAAAGAGGAUCAGCAUUCUAAAAUAUACCGAAUCUGAAUUAUUUCAUCAUAAGGUCAAAAAAUUUUACUAUGACGAAGCUGCCAAUGCAUUGAUUCCAUCCUCUAUUACAAAGUCGCAUUCAAAAACCAGGUUUAUUCGAAGACUGUGGGACGACAACUACAAAAGCGAGACGUUCAAGAACAUUACCAAGGAUAUACCUCUCGCAAUAAAUUUUUCAGUAGGAUCAAUCUUAGAUAUGAACGAACCAUUUAGUAGUUACAUGCAGCUUAAAUUAAUCAGCGAUUUAAGAUCAGUGAAACUAGAGUCCAACCAAACCACAGAUUUUGUUUUCAAUGGGCAGAGCACAUGUUUAGGACGGUUCGAAAUUGAGUCUUUGACUGUUGGAAAAAUCAACCAUAUUAGGCUACAAUGCUAUCAGCAUAUCAUGGGUGUAAUUAACGAGACACCGCUAUUGAGGGUGAAAUUUUCGGACCUAGUUACAGAUAUUAAGGAUUUCAGUUACAGCAAGGAGGAAGGGACCUAUUACUAUGAUGUACCAGUAGAUGAACUGAUCCAAUGUGCCGAUAUAGACCUAAACCAACCUCUAUCACGCCUUUUGGGUGACAGGACCAUUCAGUGCUCUGGCAGCAUCCAGAAUUGGUUCUCCAAUAAGUCCACCCUUACAUUUAUCUGGAAAAUCACCGAUGGUCAAUCGCAACAGAAGAGGUAUCAAAUCAUGUCGGCCUGUGAGUUAGAUUGCCUGUCCAGCGUGUCGCAGAUGGCAUACUACCCAGCUACAGGCGCCGUCCCAGAUGCAAUUUCUGCACCUCCCCCUACUUAUGAACGAAGCGGCAAUGACAAAGUUGUUGUUUGA